AUGUACCAUGGUUUCAUGUUAAGAAAAAGAUUUUAUUAGCAACGCUGUCAUAAAAAAAUUAAGUUCCAAUUUUUGUAUUGAAAGAUCUGUUUACUGUUAGUUACUCUUACCUGUUUGUAACCUUUGUCACUGUACUGUUUAUGAUGUUAUACUUUCUUACCCACAUUUCAGUAUCAUUGUACAUCUCUGUAUACCUUGUAACACACAUUUGCAAUUGAAGAUUUUCUCCAGAUGACUUGUCAAACAGUGGAUUGUUGACAUCAGAAGUCAUGCAGUGGCCCUCAGUCAUUGGCUGAUGUGGAAGAUUCUGGUCAGCCCACGGUCAUGCUGAAGAAUGAACUUGACUGCAUAUAAAUCAGGUGACCUCACAGGCGGUGCCUUCUUCUUCUCCUCCAGUAGCGCCUCAGAACGACACAAAGCCCAGCAUCUCUCGCAGACCGCGCUCCGAACAACCACUUCAAUUGUCCUGAAACAUCAUUUCUUCUCAGUCUCUUACGGGAUUUAUCUGUUUUAGAAAUCAGCGAGAAGCCUUCAGAUUCUGUAACGGACUGUUUCUUGAGUUUGGGGAAAGGAUGUUGGAUCCGUUGGGUGAGUUGAGGAGAAGCGGAGGCUUCAGACGAUGUGGUGGUCAGUUGUCCUGGCAGGUGCGUUUGGUUCUGUACAGCGUGUGUGUUCUGACGCUGAUAAACUCGGCCGGUCUGGCACUGCUCCUGAUUCAGCACACAGAGAUGUGGACUCAUGUGACUGAGGUGGAGAGACAGAUGGUGGACAUCUCUCAGAGCUCCGUGGUGGAGUUUAUGACACCGGUGAACGGAGAUGAAGCCGAGUAUCAAUAUUCCAGAAACAAGCGCAGUCGGCAGCAUCGAGGGACGAGGCCCAUAACAGAGCACGAGGCCGGUCCGGACGAGGAACUCAUGAGAGAUGUUCAGUAUCAGUAUCAUCGGGAACCUGAGCAGCUUUUCCAGCACAAAACAGAGGAGCAGGAUGGCAUGAUGAUGAUGAUGACCUACUCCAUGGUGCCAGUCAAAAUUCUGCUGGAUAUUUGCAACAGUACUAAAGGAGUCUGUCUGACCGGACCACCAGGACCACCGGGACUGCCAGGUUUGCCGGGUGUGGACGGAGUGCCGGGGAAUAACGGAACGGAUGGAAUUCCAGGGUUACCAGGAGAGGCUGGAGCACACGGGAAACGGGGCAAAAGAGGUCCUCCGGGUGAGAAGGGUGACCCUGGAGAGAAAGGAGAUCCUGGACCCUCGGGACCUCCUGGAGAGAAGGGUGAAGAGUCAAAUGAUGUCCUCAUAGAGGGGCCACCAGGACCUCCGGGCAUCCCUGGACCACCCGGUCCUCCAGGUCCACCCGGACUCCAGGGACCACCGAGACACAGAAAUCACAGAUCACAUCCUCAUAUGGGGAAAGAGUCUAUGGGUCUCCUGAAUUCAGUCCCAAAUGAUGACAUCAUCAGUCAGAAACUGCCAGCACGAAAGAUAAACGAUUGUGUCAUAAAGUCAGUGCUGAACCCCAGACAUCUGAUGAAAAUGAGCGACACGUUUGGAGCGUGGAUGAUGGACACAGCCGCUCAGGAUGACGAGAGGAUCUGGGUGGCAGAACAUUUCUCAGGUCGUAUCAUAAAGGAGUACAACAGCGUCGCAGCGUUCCAGAACAGCACCUUUCAAUCCAUUGACGUCAAGAAGGUUUUCCAAGGAUGUGGUCACGCUGUACACAACGCCUCCAUAUUCUACCACAUCGCUGGGACAUCCAAUAUCGCAAAGUUUGACCUUCACAGCAAGAUGUUACAAACGCUGAGCAUCGAGAACGCUCUCUAUCACAACCGCUCGUACCUGCUUCAUAACUCCAAGACAUAUUUCAAACUGGCAGCAGACGAGAACGGCCUGUGGAUCAUAUUUGCCUCCGACACAGACGACAGCAUCGUGGUGGCACGACUACAUGAGAAAACAUUCUCCAUCAGCAGCUACAGCAACACCACCUACCCCAGGAGUAAAGCCGGAAAUGCUUUCAUCGCCUGCGGGAUCCUCUACAUCACCGACACUAAAGACACGCGGGUGACCCACGCCUUUGACCUCCUGAAGGGGAAACCGCUCGGUGUCACUUUAGACCUGCGAGCAUCUGAUGGGCUUCUGUCCAUGAUCUCAUACAAUCCCCGAGAUAAACACCUGUACAUAUGGGACAGCAGAUACGUCAAAUCCUACCAGGUUCAGUUUCUCUCUGACGAAUAACCGGAUCUGUCCGUCACGUCAUCAUUCCGUGUGUUAGCCAAUAAUCCUGCAUGCUUCAGUUGCUCCCAUGCGCAUAACCAAUCGUCCUUCCUUUCUCUGGCGGAUCGAGUGUUUUAAACUGGCCGUACAGUAUACAGUGAUGACAAAACCUAUUGAUAUUUAAAUGUGGGAACGACGGUUUCAGAGACAGCAUGCCAGACCACUUUAUUCUGAGGAUGAGAAGAGACCAACACGGCCUAACUGGCCUUUAAAUGUCGAAAAGUCAGUUCAUUUCGAGGUUCUUUUUAUUUUCAAUACGGUCUAUCGUUUGAUCGUUUGAAACCCAAACAUUUUGUCCUUGUUCUGUCUUUAUAUAAAAAUGUUAUCUAAUGCAAUAGCAAUCAUGCAUUUUCAAACGACACUUUUUUAUGGCCACCGUGUUUAUUUGUUACCAUUAACAGUUUGAAGUAAAAAUCAAUAUAGUGCGUUUUGUCUCUCAACAAUGAAUCUCUGUGUCAAUUGAAUGUGACGUGUUUUUAUGAGCAAUACACAAACUUCAAACAGGAAUUUUAACAACAUCCAUUUCUGUUAGCCCUAACUGAAGUUCUUAAAGUCACCAGCAUUCCCAACACACUGAAUAUUUGGAAACAUGUGAGGCAGGACUUCAUCUGCUGGAAAUGAAUUGGAUGGUGAAGAGUGGCCAUACGUAGCAUGUAUGGGAUUGUGAAGGACUUUCAUCUGGAUUAGGAUUAGGAAGACUUUAGAAAGCACUAGACAACACUGCCUCAUUAACCCAUGUCUGACAUCGGGCGAAAAGAAAAGUGUUUUUACAUGACGAUAAAGAAGAAUGCUAACACGGCCUGAUGAAUUGAACCGUGCGCAGUAAGAAAGUGAAUGGGCCAGGAGACUGGGUUUAAUAGAUAUUAUUUACUAGGAUGAUCUUGCUUGUUCUAUAAACACCAUGCGCGUUUGUGUUGCAUACUGUAUGUGUUUAUACCUUUUCUGUGUUUCUCCUGUAAAGCUGCUUUGGAACAACAGCGCUCUGUAAAUAAAUAAAAAAUUGAAA